AUGUCUUCACAUAAUAAACCUUUCAGUUAUGGUCAGCCUAGUAUUGAAGCUCUUCUUGAUUGUUUUUUCUCCGGAAACAAUGACCCUUUGGAAUUUUUGACCAACAACGAAGCGUUUGACACGAUUAAGCAUGAGAUCAAAAGGCUACAAGAUCAGUUUGAAGAGGAAGUAAAGAUUGCCAAGGAGAUUAAACAUCGAAACAAAACGAAUGACCAUGACUGGUGGGAACAACAACGUGUUGAUGAUAUGGGGUUAGAUGAAGUUGAGCGAUUUGUCAAGUAUUUGGAACAACUAAGAAGUAACGUGGUAGCAACGGUCAAUAAAGAGGAACCAAAGGCUAAUAAUAAUGAUCUUGCAAUUAUUGAUAAGAGUGAUGGUAAUCAUCAUGAGGCAAGGGUUGUUGACCCAUUAACUGAUCACAAAUUUGUCAAUGAUAUUGCACCUCUUAAUUUUUUCUUUGAUGAUGGCAACUUCUUUGACAAUAUGGAUAUAAGUGGGUUGAUUUAA